AGUUCACCUGCUCCUGAAACAUGCUCCAGCUCCGCCUCAGCUCGUUGUUGCUCGCAGCAACAUGGUCGCUCAUGACCACAGAUGUUUCCUCAGAGAGAGUCGUCUCCUGUGCGAACGGGGUGGACGUCCAGCGUCUGAGCUGCGACAGCGGCGUGGUCAGCGUGCAGGACGCUCUGUACGGACGCACAGACGGACACACCUGCAGCGAGGGGCGACGCCCACAGGAGCUGGUCAACACGGCGUGCUCCCUGCCCGGGACCUUUGACCUCCUGAGGACCAGGUGUGAUGGGAAGAGAGUUUGUGAACUAAACACAAACGAUGUUCAAACUUCUGAUCCCUGCGUCGGAACCUUUAAAUACCUGGAGACGAACUUCACCUGUCUGCCAGCAGUUCACCUCGACAUCUGUGAGCAUUCUGAAGCAGAUCUACACUGUGAGGACGGACAGGUCAUCCUCGUGUACGGAGCAGAUUAUGGACGUCGAGACCGGACCACGUGUUCCUACCGUCGGCCUGAGUCUCAGCUCCAAGACGUCCUCUGCUCCAGUCCCACGAGGACAGUGGCUGACAGCUGUAACGGGAGGAGCAGCUGCAGGAUCCGAGCCGUGAACUCCGUGUUUGGAGAUCCGUGUGUUGGAACCUUCAAGUACCUGGAGGUGUCCUACACGUGUCAAUAUCCUGUUUGAACUCACUGACGUCACAUCAGAUUAUUUAAUCGAUCCUGUAAAUCCAAACUAAACCUACUGAUCAUUUUCUACUGUAUCUGUCUCAACUUAAUCAAAUCUGUGUAUUAUCACAACCAGACUGCUUGUAUAUAAAACGUCUCCUCAGAGACUCGACUGACAAUAUUCCAUCAGGUCAUUGAUCUUCAGUUCUGCUACAAACUGUUUAUUCUAAUCAAAGCUGUGAAUCCUCUGAUCUCUCUGAUGUCCUCUGUUCCACGGGACAUCUGUUGGACUCCUGUCCGUCCUGGAGACGGGUCCUCACACGUGUCUCCUGGAGACGGGUCCUCACACGUGUCUCCUGGAGACGGGUCCUCACACGUGUCUCCUGGAGACGGGUCCUCACACGUGUCUCC